AUGGCGACCACUGCUCCUGACAGAGACAGUGUUACCACGGAGACCACUGUUCCUGACAGAGACAGUGUUACCACAGAGACCGCUGCUCCUGACAGAGACAGUGUUACCACAGAGACCGCUGCUCCUGACAGAGACAGUGUUACCACAGAGACCGCUGCUCCUGACAGAGACAGUGUUACCACAGAGACCACUGCUCCUGACAGAGACAGUGUUACCACGGAGACCACUGCUCCUGACAGAGACAGUGUUACCACAGAGACCACUGCUCCUGACAGAGACAGUGUUACCACAGAGACCGCUGCUCCUGACAGAGACAGUGUUACCACGGCGACCGCUGCUCCUGACAGAGACAGUGUUACCACAGAGACCGCUGCUCCUGACAGAGACAGUGUUACCACAGAGACCGCUGCUCCUGACAGAGACAGUGUUACCACAGAGACCGCUGCUCCUGACAGAGACAGUGUUACCACAGAGACCGCUGCUCCUGACAGAGACAGUGUUACCACAGAGACCACUGCUCCUGACAGAGACAGUGUUACCACAGAGACCACUGCUCCUGACAGAGACAGUGUUACCACGGAGACCACUGCUCCUGACAGAGACAGUGUUACCACAGAGACCGCUGCUCCUGACAGAGACAGUGUUACCACAGAGACCACUGCUCCUGACAGAGACAGUGUUACCAUGGCGACCACUGCUCCUGACAGAGACAGUGUUACCACAGAGACCACUGCUCCUGACAGAGACAGUGUUACCACAGAGACCGCUGCUCCUGACAGAGACAGUGUUACCACAGAGACCGCUGCUCCUGACAGAGACAGUGUUACCACAGAGACCGCUGCUCCUGACAGAGACAGUGUUACCACAGAGACCGCUGCUCCUGACAGAGACAGUGUUACCACAGAGACCGCUGCUCCUGACAGAGACAGUGUUACCACGAGACCACUGCUCCUGACAGAGACAAGACAGUGUUACCACGAGACCGCUGCUCCUGACAGAGACAGUGUUACCACGGAGACCACUGCUCCUGACAGAGACAGUGUUACCACAGAGACCGCUGCUCCUGACAGAGACAGUGUUACCACAGAGACCGCUGCUCCUGACAGAGACAGUGUUACCACAGAGACCACUGCUCCUGACAGAGACAGUGUUACCACAGAGACCGCUGCUCCUGACAGAGACAGUGUUACCACAGAGACCACUGCUCCUGACAGAGACAGUGUUACCACGGAGACCACUGCUCCUGACAGAGACAGUGUUACCACAGAGACCACUGCUCCUGACAGAGACAGUGUUACCACAGAGACCACUGCUCCUGACAGAGACAGUGUUACCACAGAGACCACUGCUCCUGACAGAGACAGUGUUACUACAGAGACCGCUGCUCCUGACAGAGACAGUGUUACCACAGAGACCACUGCUCCUGACAGAGACAGUGUUACCACGGAGACCACUGCUCCUGACAGAGACAGUGUUACCACAGAGACCACUGCUCCUGACAGAGACAGUGUUACCACGGCGACCACUGCUCCUGACAGAGACAGUGUUACCACGGCGACCACUGCUCCUGACAGAGACAGUGUUACCACGGAGACCACUGCUCCUGACAGAGACAGUGUUACCACGGCGACCACUGCUCCUGACAGAGACAGUGUUACCACAGAGACCACUGCUCCUGACAGAGACAGUGUUACCACGGAGACCACUGCACCUGACAGAGACAGUGUUACCACGGCGACCACUGCUCCUGACAGAGACAGUGUUACCACGGAGACCACUGCACCUGACAGAGACAGUGUUACCACAGAGACCGCUGCUCCUGACAGAGACAGUGUUACCACAGAGACCGCUGCUCCUGACAGAGACAGUGUUACCACGGAGACCACUGCUCCUGACAGAGACAGUGUUACCACAGAGACCACUGCUCCUGACAGAGACAGUGUUACCACAGAGACCGCUGCUCCUGACAGAGACAGUGUUACCACAGAGACCGCUGCUCCUGACAGAGACAGUGUUACCACGGCGACCACUGCUCCUGACAGAGACAGUGUUACCACAGAGACCGCUGCUCCUGACAGAGACAGUGUUACCACAGAGACCACUGCUCCUGACAGAGACAGUGUUACCACGGAGACCACUGCUCCUGACAGAGACAGUGUUACCACAGAGACCGCUGCUCCUGACAGAGACAGUGUUACCACAGAGACCGCUGCUCCUGACAGAGACAGUGUUACCACAGAGACCACUGCUCCUGACAGAGACAGUGUUACCACGGCGACCACUGCUCCUGACAGAGACAGUGUUACCACAGAGACCACUGCUCCUGACAGAGACAGUGUUACCACGGCGACCACUGCUCCUGACAGAGACAGUGUUACUACAGAGACCGCUGCUCCUGACAGAGACAGUGUUACCACAGAGACCACUGCUCCUGACAGAGACAGUGUUACCACGGCGACCACUGCUCCUGACAGAGACAGUGUUACCACGGAGACCACUGCUCCUGACAGAGACAGUGUUACCACAGAGACCACUGCUCCUGACAGAGACAGUGUUACCACAGAGACCGCUGCUCCUGACAGAGACAGUGUUACCACAGAGACCACUGCUCCUGACAGAGACAGUGUUACCACGGCGACCACUGCUCCUGACAGAGACAGUGUUACCACAGAGACCACUGCUCCUGACAGAGACAGUGUUACCACGGCGACCACUGCUCCUGACAGAGACAGUGUUACCACAGAGACCACUGCUCCUGACAGAGACAGUGUUACCACGGAGACCACUGCUCCUGACAGAGACAGUGUUACCACAGAGACCACUGCUCCUGACAGAGACAGUGUUACCACGGAGACCACUGCUCCUGACAGAGACAGUGUUACCACGGAGACCGCUGCUCCUGACAGUAUUGUGGAUGGGUCAAAUGCAGAGCACAAAAACAAGUACAACUAA